AUGGAGAAUCAGAGGCAGUGUAGCUCUCUAAUUCCAGUAGUCCCCAUCGAUGAUAACAGCACCCCGCACAGCGCCGCUGUUACCAGUAGCACAAGCAAUUGCCAGGGAGCUCGUCGGCCGUCAGUCAUCGUGAUUGGUAGCGGGUUCUCCGGCCUGGCAGCAGCUCAUGCGCUGCAUCACGCAUCGUUUGAGGUGGUGGUGCUAGAGGCAAGGAAUCGCAUCGGAGGUCGCGCAUUCACAGACUACUCUUUUGGCUUUCCGCUUGAUCUAGGUGCUGCCUGGCUGCAUGGUGUUUCUGAGAGUAAUCCGCUGGCUCGGCUGAUCGCGGACCUCCAGCUUCCGCUUUACCGAACCAGUGGAGACGACUCAGUGCUCUACGAUCACGACCUGGAGAGCUAUGCACUGUACGAUGAGGAUGGGGUGAAGAUUCCCCAGGACGUGGUGGAGCGCGUGGAGCGGGUGUUUGAAGAGAUGCUGGAGGAAACUCGUAAAAUAUGCAUGAACUCAAGCGAGGACAUGAACAUGGAGCACGCCUUGGCUCUGGUGGAGCAGCGGAGGCCGGACCUGACGCUACAGGGGGUGGAGAGGCGCGUGCUGCAGUGGUACCUGUGCCGGAUGGAGGGGUGGUUUGCCACAGACUUGAAGAACCUGUCCGCCAAAUGCUGGGAGGAGGAGGACCUAGUGGAGGGGGGUCAUGGGCUUAUGGUGAACGGUUACCUCCCCGUGCUGGACGCCCUUGCGGCUGGGCUGGACAUUCGUUUUAAUCACAGAGUGAUCAACAUUGACUGGUCCUCAGCACAGGAGGUAGACAGAUCGGUAGACAGAGGGAUGAAUACAGCAAGAGAGAUAGGGGCAACACGGGUUGGUGAAUCGAAGGAGGCACGUGCAAUAGGUGGAGGGGCGACAGAGCAGCAGCAGGGCAGUCAUCAGUGUAUCAGACUUACCAAGCAGGGUUCUUCUACCCACUGCAUGCCAUGUGCUAGUAUCAGGUGCACUGGAUGUAGACCAUGUGAUUUAGGCAGUAAUUACAGUAUACACAACACCAGGAGCGGAAUUAGCAGCACGUGCAACCCCUUCGGAUCUGCUGCUACUGAUGCACGCUGCUUGCCUAGCUGUCACACGUCCCUGAAUCCUGGUUUCUGCACUAGUGAAGCUGUAGCUGACGUCAGUAUACCAUGUAGACCCGGUGUCCACGUCACCACAGCCGACGGCGCCAUGUUCUCUGCUGACGUGGCGAUUGUCACCCUGCCAGCUGGCGUUCUGCGGUUGUCUGUGGGCCACGUAGGCAGCUCAAAUCAGGAGAUUCCCUUAGCUGAGUCAGCCAAUGGUGAUAAUCGCAGCAACUGUAGCAACUGCAGCAACUGCAGUAACGGUAACGGCAGUAACAGUUGUAAAUGCAGUAGCAGCAGCAGAAAAGGCAGCAGCAGCAGCACCCAUCCGUCCACCACCACCCCCACCCACCCCAACCGCAUCCACUUCUCGCCUCCUCUCCCCGCAUCCAAAUGCACCGCUCUCCACUCCAUUGGAGUCGGAAUAGAGAAUAAAAUCGCCCUCCUCUUCCCCUCAUGCUUCUGGCCGUCAGUGGAAUUCCUGGGAGUGGUAGCAGACACGCCCUACGCGUGCAGCUACUUUUUGAACCUGCACAAGGCGAGCCAGGGCGAGAGGGCUGUGCUGGUGUUCAUGCCGGCAGGGCGGCUGGCGGGGGAGAUGGAGGGGAUGGGGGAAAGCGAGGCCGUGGCGUUCACCAUGCUGCAGCUCAGAAAGAUUCUUCCGCACGCCCCUGAACCUAUCCAGGCGCGCAUCACCACAUGGGGGUCAGACCCAUUCUCCCUCGGAUCCUACUCCUACGAUGCAGUGCACGCCCCUCCAGACGUCUACGACUCCCUCCGCGCCCCCCUCCCUCCUCUUUUCUUUGCCGGGGAAGCCACCUCCCGCGCCCACCCCGGCACUGUUCACGGUGCGUUCUCCACCGGGCGGCAAGCUGCGGGAGAGGCGGCGGAAUUUGUCCGGUUGCUGGGUUUCGGUGAUGGGUUGGGGACUGUAGGGAAGGAUGAGAGAAAGAGUCACGCAACGCUGCUGCCACAGGCAGUGCCAGGAGGAGAUGUGAAAGUGGAAGACAGCAAUUUGUGUCCGGAGGAUGCUUAUCGAAAUGGUACCGAGAAAGGCACUCUCAAUAAGAAUAUCAAGGCUGUAGAUGAGUUGCUAUAG